UCUCCAUGAAUUAUAGUGCAAGUGGUCUGAGCGGCUCUGAUGGUCCUGAUGGGAAGCCCUCUGGAACCUUCUCUACAGAUCCAGAAACUCGAGAUUUUAUGAUGAGCCGCUUCUUACCCGCAGCCAAGGCAAUGGCUUUAGAGCCACAUCGAUAUGCUUCAAGGAAGCAAGAUAUGCCACCUGAGCAACCUAAACAAGUUAAAAGAGUGGUUAGUGAAGAUAGGAGGCCCUUAGUAAAUCAAAACAAGCUUGACAUUAUACCACUGUAUGGCCAAAAUAAAGACGAAGAAGAAAGUGAAGAUGAAGAGGAUGACCAUGACAAUUCUGGCAAUAAUUCAGCUAAAGGUUGUGGGUUAUUCCCAUCAUUACGCCUUAAGAAUUCUUUGUGCCUCUUAAGUCCAGUGCCAGGGAUUGGAGUUAGGACACAGGGUUCUGCGUCUUCGACCCGUGACACUUUAAGACCAGGAAAAACCGCUUAUAGUCGAUCUCACACUCAAACUACCCGAAAGCAUGCUUGGGGUGCUGUUCAUGAUUCUAAACCGGACUACGGAGUUCGAUCAGCUGAACUGCAAAAGGUUGAGAAAAAGCAGACUGGUGAAUCGAGUCGGUUUACUCGUUCUGGAGAACUGCACAAGGUUGAUAAGAAGCAGACCGGUGAAUCCAGUCGGUUUACUCGUUCCGGAGAACUGCAGAAGGUUGAUAAAAAGCAGACUGGUGAAUCCAGUCGGUUUACUCGUUCUGGAGAACUGCAAACAACAGGUAGAUUUUCUCCCUACAGGGGUUCAGGGGGUGCUGGAGUAUCUCCCUACAGGAAUAAAGCAUCCCAGUCUCCCUUUCGUGGAGCCAGGUUUCUUGGUGUUCCCAAAGAAGUUGAGAAUAUCAAAACCAACAAGUUCAAUCUGUAUGUUGAAGGCACCAACAAAAAUAAACAAGGGUCAGGCUCAAUGAGCCCUGCAGUUGAGAAGACAUUGUAUGUAGAUACUGUAAAUACUGCAGAAAUAUCAUUAUCAAAUUCAAGAUCCUUGGAAACCAAGGGAUGGAUUUACUCUUCUGGUGAGGACUUAGAGACCUCAUUAGAGGGAAAAAUGUUUGAAGAAACUACCAAUGCUGAAUCUGUUUUCCAAGAUAUAAAAUGCCUAAAUAUUUCAACGGAAGGGGACGUAUUAGAAUCCUUUGUGUCCGUUGAUGCUGAUUUAUCUUCUAUGUCCGAGAUAUCACAUCUGAAAGGCCAAGAUGUCAUGAUGGAUGGCUCUGGACAGGAUCAAGGACUUGAUAAAAGAUCUAGGUCCUUGGAAUGCUCAAAACCAAUUACUGAAGGAAAUCUAAAUAUCGACAGUGAUCAGAUCCAUAAAGCUGAUGAUCCAGGAAAUGCUGAUUCUAGUUCUGUAAACUCCAAUCUUCCCCCUGCUUUACCAAAGUCUCCUUCUGAGUCUUGGCUUUGGCGUACACUGCCUUCCAUUUCCUCGCGAAACCUGUUUUCUCAUUCGAAUCUUGGCACUCAUAAGCAUCUUAAGAAGCAUGAUUCUAAGACAUCCUCCACUAAUACCAAGUGGGAAACAAUUGUAAAAACUUCUCAUUUGCGUCACGAUCAUGUUCGUUAUUCUGAGGAAUUAAUUACUCAUGUUUCUCAGCAAUCCAAAACUUAGGCUCAGAGGUGCUUAAAAAGCCCAUAGGCUCAUUGGCUUGUUUGGGAAGUUACAUUUUGAAAUAGUUAAGAUAGUAUAUAUCUUCCAUCCCAUCAUUUCACCUGGAGGUUUUCCUACACCAUUGCUUCUCCUGGUAUGUUUGGUAAGAGGAGUUUGGCUUGCUCAAUUCUUGUAAUUCUUGUGUAAGUUUUUUUCACCAGUUUUUUUUUUAUUUGGUGAAUAGUCAAACCAGGUCAUAAAUAUAAUUACUUGUAAUGCCCCCAUAACCUUUUCUACCGUCUUCAUUUUUCUGUGGUGUUGUAUUUUAUAGGAGUUGGUGGACUUUUUGUUUGGCUAAUAAAUGGAGAUAUGGCUUCCUUGGUUACUUGAUAACUUGGAUACUCUGUCAUUGCAGAAUUUCACAUCAUCUCUGGAGAUAUGAGAUAGUUUCCAUGGUUACUUGGAUACUCUGUCAUAGCAGAAUUUCACAUCAUCUCUGGGUUCCAUGUGUUUUUAGAUUUUUAAACAGAUUCUAAAUGCUUAAAUGGCUAGUCGAGUAGUUCAACUGCUAAUCAUUAGCCACUUUUCUUUGUACUUUUCCUUUAUUAUGGUUACUCAAGAGUUACUGCUCUUCUUAACCGUCUCUCAUUCUUAUUGUCUUUGCCCUUCAGCAAUGAAUUUAACUUGGUUUGUUCAUCUUUCA